GCGCGCGAGUUAGCGGGCGAGGAGAAGGAGAGCGAUGACGACUGUCACGUGAACGAGGCGGGCGCCGUCGCAUCGCCGAGCCUCUCAGAUCAGUCAGCAAGUCCCGCGCCGGUUCGCCUCUGCCCUGCGCGUCGCGCUCUGCCUCCCCCUGCCGUCUCUACCUGUCCCGAGUCGGCCCCACCUCAGGCCAGGCCGCCGGCCCCGGUCAUCGCUACCGACGCCCUCCUGAUCCUGCACCAGCAGUGCCUCCCGUUCUCUUUCUUGCUGCCCCCGCGGCCGGAGCCCUUCAUGUGGUUCGGGGCCCGGCGGGGACAAGAUGCCGCCGUCCAAGUCCCGUAAGAUUGCCAUCCUGGGCUACAGGAGCGUCGGGAAAUCAUCAUUGACUAUUCAGUUUGUGGAAGGCCAGUUUGUUGAUUCGUAUGAUCCUACCAUAGAGAACACAUUCACAAAGCUGAUUACAGUAAAUGGGCAGGAAUAUCACCUUCAAGUAGUCGACACAGCUGGCCAAGAUGAAUAUUCAAUAUUUCCUCAGACGUACUCCAUAGACAUUAAUGGCUACAUUCUUGUCUACUCAGUCACAUCAAUUAAAAGUUUUGAAGUGAUUAAAGUUAUCCAUGGCAAGUUAUUGGAUAUGGUGGGAAAAGUCCAGAUCCCCAUUAUGUUGGUUGGAAAUAAAAAGGACCUGCACAUGGAACGGGUCAUCAGCUAUGAAGAAGGGAAAGCUUUAGCAGAAUCCUGGAAUGCUGCUUUCUUGGAAUCUUCUGCUAAAGAAAACCAGACUGCUGUUGAUGUCUUCAGGAGGAUAAUUUUGGAGGCAGAGAAAAUUGAUGGAGCAUCUUCACAAGGGAAAUCUUCAUGCUCAGUGAUGUGAUCAUGCACCAGAGGCUGAACACUUGGAAUACGUUCUACCUAAAGAAGCAAACUGCCUGUUCCCCUCACAGUGAAACUGCGCUUUUUCUUCUUCUGUUAACCUGAACAAUAUAAAGUCAGUUGGAGACUUUGCCUUCAGAUUAUGUUAAACUUUGACUCCUGUGCAAAAAAGGCUUCGCUUUCAUUUUCAAAUUUUAAGCAAUCAUAUUUUCAAUUUAUAUAUUGUAUUUCUUAAUAUUAUGACCAAGAAUUUUACUGGCAUUAAUUUUUCAGUGCAGUUGGGUUAGAAUAAUCAUCCAGAUGAUGCAUAUUGUUACACUACUAUUAACUAGGCUUGAAUGUCAGUGUUUCUUUGUGUUAAAUGUAUACUUGUAAAUAAAAUAGCUGCAAACCUU